AUGCUGUUACUUAUCCAUCAUAUUCAAGACAUACUCUUGAAAUGGUACGUUCUUGUACCUAUCUUGCUUGUCGUACUUAAGGUUUUUUCAUACUUCCGUAAUAAAUCAUUAUCGAAAAAAUUAGGUGCAAAAACCCAUACUAAUUAUGUAACUGAUGGGUUCAAUGGGUUCUUAAUCCCUAAGACUUUGAUUAAAUAUCAAAAACAAGGAACGUAUAUCGCUUACUUACAUGGUUUAUUUUCGAAACUUGAACGUCCUGAUGUUGCAACAUUCAUUUUCAGAAUAUUUGGAAAGAAUUUAAUUAUCACUAGAGAUCCUGAAAAUAUAAAAGCAAUGUUAGCAACUCAAUUUAACGAUUUUGGUUUAGGUCUACCAAGACAUACUUCGUUUAAUCCUUUAUUGGGGGAUGGGAUUUUUACUUUAGAUGGGGAAGGGUGGAAGCAUUCAAGAGCUAUGCUUAGACCUCAAUUUGCAAGAGAUCAAGUUGCUCAUGUCCAAGCUUUAGAACCCCAUAUCCAAGUAUUCGCCAAGCAUGUUAGAAAGUAUAACAAACAACCUUUUGAUAUUCAAGAAUUAUUCUUCAGAUUCACAGUUGAUUCCGCAACUGAAUUUCUCUUUGGUGAAUCUGUUGGUUCAUUACAAGAUGAAUUUAUUGGUAUGAAUAAUCCCAGUACUGACUUUGAUGGUAAAGCUGGCUUUGCUGACGCUUUUAAUAGAUCUCAACAUUUGAUUGCUCAAAGAUCACUUUUACAAAAUUUAUACUUUCUUAUUUCAUUUGGUGAAUUCCGUAGAUGUAAUGCUCAUGUUCAUAGAUUUGCUGAUCAUUAUGUUCAAAGAGCCCUCAACACUAAUCUCGAAGAAUUAGAUAAAGAAUCAAAAGGUGGUUAUGUAUUCUUGUAUGAAUUAGUUAAGGAAACUAGAAAUCCAAAAGUCUUAAGAGAUCAAUUAUUAAAUAUCUUAGUCGCGGGACGAGAUACUACUGCUGGUUUAUUAUCUUUUGCAUUCUAUGAAUUAUCAAGAAAUAAAGAAAUGUGGGACAAGUUAAAAGAAGAAAUAUAUGAAAGAUUUGGAUCUGGUGAAGAAUCUAAGAUUGAAGAAAUUACUUUCGAAUCAUUAAAGAAAUGUGAAUAUUUAAAGGCUGUGUUAAACGAAACCUUGAGAGUUUAUCCAUCUGUUCCAAGAAAUGGUAGAUACUCAUUGAAAGAUACCACUUUGCCAAGAGGUGGUGGUCCAAAUGGUUUAGAUCCAAUAUUUGUUCCUAAACAUAGUAAUGUCUUGUAUUGUAUCUAUUCAACACAUAGAAUGGAAGAAUUCUAUGGAAAAGAUGCCGAUGUAUUCAGACCAGAAAGAUGGUUCGAGCCAGAAGUUAGAAAAUUGGGUUGGGCUUAUUUACCUUUCAAUGGUGGUCCAAGAAUUUGCCUUGGUCAACAAUUCGCAUUGACUGAAGCAUCUUACGUUGUUGCUAGAUUGUGUCAAUUGUUCCCUGACUUAAGCAGUGACUUCAAUUUAAAUAGCGAGUAUCCACCAAGAAUUGCAACACAUUUAACUGCAUCUCUUCAAGAAAAUAAUUUAGUAUCUUUAUACUAA